AUGAGUAAAUUGCCUGCAACAAGUCGUAGCAGCGAUAAUCUGUUAACAUCUGCUGUCAAGUGUGGCAGAAGACCGUCAUACUAUGUAAUCUACUCCUCUGACCCCGAUAUCAGUACUAAAUCACUGGUUUUAUCUAUCCAUCUAUCUUUUUUAUUCAUAUCUAUCUAUCUUUUUAUUCAUAUCUAUCUAUCUUUUUAUUUUAUUCAUAUCUCCCUGUCUAUCUAUCUCUUUCAGUCUUUUGUUCAUUAUCUAUUUAUCUAUCUAUCAUUCUAUCCAAAUAUCUAUCUAUGUAUCUAUCUAUGUAUUUAUCUAUGUAUGUAUCAUUGUAUUCCUAUCUAUCAUUUUACUCAUAUCUAUCUAUCUAUCUAUCUAUCUAUCUAUCUAUCUAUCUAUCAUUAUCUCACUUUGGAAAGGGCUAAUAUUACCAAUAUCUAUCUAUCUAUCUAUCAAUCUAUCUGUUUUAAGCUGAUCACUAUUUAUCUAUCUAUAUCAGUUUAUUAUCUAUCUAUCUAUCUAUCUAUCUAUCUAUCUAUCUAUCUUUUAUUAUCUAUCUAUCUAUCUAUCUAUCUAUCUAUCUGUUUUAAGCUGAUCACUAUUUAUCUAUCUAUAUCAGUUUAUUAUCUAUCUAUCUAUCUAUCUAUCUGUUUUAAGCUGAUCACUAUUUAUCUAUCUAUAUCAGUUUAUUAUCUAUCUAUCUAUCUAUCUAUCUAUCUAUCAUCUAUCUAUUUCAGGCUGUUCAUUAUCUACCUAUUAAUCUAUCUCUCUAGUUCAGUCUGUUCAUUAUCUAUCUAUCUAUCUGUCUAUCUAUCUAUCUAUCUAUCUAUCUAUCUAUGUACCUAA